AUGGAAAAUAUUGCGAUUCCCGAUGAUAUACAAACACUUUGCAGAUUUUGUUUGUUGCAAAAUGAACCGACGAUAUGUUUUACUCAAGGGGAGAUACAAAGCUUUCUACAUAAUCUGCAUUUAGACGUGGAGAUAAGCGAUGCUUUGCCCGGGAAAAUUUGUGUACAGUGCUAUAAUUCCAUAGCUAACGCCUCAAAGUUUAUAAACAUGGUUCAAAGCAAUGAAAAUGCUAUUAAAAAUAUUAAAAGUACAAAGUAUGAAGACUUAAAUAUAUCAAAUUCAGAUGAUAAAAUACAGAAUGAUAUUAGUAGUUCUAAUGAUGAGGCACACGUAUUUAAAUACAAAUGUAAAUUUUGUUGGCAAACGUUUAAGAAAAGUUUUAAGAUGAAAAUUCACGUGUAUCGAUGUGGGAAAGUUCUGAAAAAUAUGUCAACAUUCCUGGAUGGUAAUGUGAGGAAAUAUAAAUGUGGUUUAUGUAAGUUAGUUGGGUUGAGAAAGGGGAAUAUGAGGAGGCAUAUUGGGGGGGUAAGUUGUAAAAAAAAGGUUAUUGAUUGUAUAAAUAAAAUGGACAAAGAAAUGUUAAAAAAAAUCACUAGGGGGUCUGAUGUUGUUCUAUAUAGAACAACAUCAGACCCAUAUGAAUGCCCAUUGUGUUUUAAGUCAUUUAAAUCUUUAAAAAGUGUCGCAAAUCAUUUAUCUUCUGAAGAGUGUUUAAAAGUAACAUCUGAAACCACUGAUUUGAUGAUGUUGAAUGAAUCACAUGAAGAUUCUGAUGAUGACAAAAAAUCGUAUAAAUCUAAAUGCCCGUUCUGUAAAAACUCAUUUUCCGUUGAGGAAACGUACAAAAAACACGCAAUUUGGUGUGAAGCUGUCUACACAAACAUAGAAGAAUUUGUGGAGGAAAACAUCAAGAAAUUCAGAUGUAGAAUUUGCAACCACAUACUUUGUAGUAAGUUUGGUUUGAAGCGCCAUAUUGGAACUGCAUUGUGUAAAAAAACCUUCAACAACUCACUAGAGAACGGCAAAAAAGAUUUUCUCCUAAAAAUAUCAAAAAUUUCAAACACAAACCACACCAUAACCUAUCAAUGCCCCUUAUGCAAAAAAGAUUUCCACCAGGAAAAUCGCAUAAUAGACCACUUAAAACAAAUGAACUGCAUCGAGAUUCUGAACCCGGAAGGGCAAGAUUUCAAGGUCAAGCGGAAGCUGCAGUGUUGCCACUGCAUCGCUCAGUUCAAACGGAGAGGGGAGCUAGGCAGGCACGUUGAUUGGUGCGGGAAAAUAAGCGGCAACAUUGUGGAGGAGGGGGGGUCGUUCAGGUGUUUUCUCUGCGAUUAUAUGUCGAAUUACAAGUUCAACGUUAGGAUGCACAUUGGGGGGGAGGAGUGCCGACGGAGAAUAUCCGAGAUUUUGGCGAAAGAUUAUAAGGAUAUUAAGAAUGUUAUAGAGAAGGUGGCCAAGGUUAAUAGUGUUACAAAUUCGGUGUUCUAUGAGUGUCCAUUGUGUAAAAAAACCUUCGGGAGCGUUAAUGAUAUUUUUGAUCAUUUAAUGAACAUAAACUGUUUGUCUAAAGUUGAUGAUGUAGAUAUUGAUUUGCUCCCCAUUGAAGAUCAGUUGAAUUAUUAUGAGGAAUCAAAAGAAACCUUAUAAGUGCAC